AUGUCCGAGUCGAUGUUGAUGUCUUGUGAAUUUUCAAAAUGGUGGUUGGAUCGUGACAAGAUGAUGGUCGUCUUCGUGUUGUUUAUGGCGAUGUUUUUACCGUUUGCUCGCGGUGAUGACCCUCAACUCCUUCAAACACCGCCUCAUCAAACAAACUUUCAGUGGGCUUUGAUGAAUAUAUCGUACGUGGAUUAUGCCACCAAGAAAGAAUAUUCGAAACCGUUAAGAGGAUAUUUCGGGAAGCAGAGCUUGAUUGCUAGUAUAUCCGGAGUUGUCAUUCAUGCAGUAAAUGUCGAAGACAGGGCUGGCACUCAGGUAGUCAACCACUACGGGUGUACGCCCUACAGUCACAAAAAGUUCCCUUCUGAAACCUGGAUUGCUUUAGUGGAAAGGGGCAGUUGUUCUUUUGCUAACAAGAUACAUGUUGCCACAAAGGAGCACAAUGCCUCUGCUAUUGUCAUAUAUAAUGACGUUAGUGUGACAAUCGGACCCAUUAUAAUGGAUCACGAUAAAGCACCAGGAAGCAUUGCAGUAAUGUUGUUACGAGAAGAAGGCCAAGAGAUCGUUGGUUUUAUCGAGAAGGGAUACACAGUUUACAUGCAGAUGAAGCCAGGUUCGAUAGACUCCUUCACCACAGCCAUGCAGAACAACAUCAGCAAAACGUCUGUGCUGUUUGUGUCCAUCUCCUUCGUGGUGCUGAUGGUGGUCUCCCUGGCCUGGCUGAUUUUCUACUACGUCCAGAGGUUCCGCUACUCCCAUGCCAAGGAGAGGCUUGCUAGACGUCUCACCUGUGCAGCAAAGAAAGCUAUCACUAAAAUCCCACAGCGAACUCUGAAAACAGGAGAUAAGGAACUGGAUAGUGAAUAUGACCCGUGUGCAAUCUGCAUUGAGUCGUAUAAAUUCCACGAAGUCAUCAGAAUCCUACCAUGCCGCCAUGUCUUUCAUAAGUCAUGUGUAGACCCAUGGUUGCUGGACCAGAGGUCAUGCCCCAUGUGCAAACUGGACAUCCUGCGAGCUUAUGGCAUGCAGGUUGGUGGCAGCCAGGAGUCUCUCCACCCAGCUGCAGAAACUGGUCGGGUGGUGGCCCCUAACCCAGAAGAACCAGAGCUGAACUCCAGCAUCGAAUACAACCACCCAAACGAAGCUACCAUCAUGCUGGUGUCAGAUACCUGCCUUCAUUUCUGUGGUGGCACCAGUGAGAGAACUGACGAUAAUGAAAAAGUUGAUGACGACUCCCGAGGAGCGGUGGGAGGUAUUCAUAAAUCAUCUUCAUUAAGUUCCUUGAGCUCCAAAGGCAGCAGCCACACUCGCGCUGGAAAAACAGAUAAAGCCGGCAGCGUCAAUUCGGAAAAAAGGGCUCUUAUUAAAAAAGAACCAGAGGAGAAGCGAUCCUGGAAGAGCGACGAUGUUUUUAGUAGCCCUGAUGACAGUGAUGGCAAAAAAAUCAGCAAGGAUGGAGACAUUUGUGUAGCACGUAUAGAAUUAGAAAUGGGAGAUGUAGAAAAGAGAGAAACGUCGCAGCCAUAA